AUGCUCCCUCAAAGCCAUGCUCAGUUCGGCGGUUCGCACGACGUAGCGGCAAUGCAACCUAGCUUAUGCGCCCCUCGGCCUGUCUCAUCCACGCCCGGCGCGGGCUCUAACGAAACACGUAAAGCUGGAACGGAGGCGGCUUGUGUUAAAGCAACGGACGGACGAGUGCGAACUGUGAUCCUGCCUGCCAAAUGUUCGUCACAAGAAACGCCGAUUGGGCCGGCAGGCCUCCCGGGAGUUGUGCCUAGCAAGCCACUUAGUCCCCUAGAUGGCGUCAGAGAACUUCAACAUGAUGCAAGCUGCAAUUCGUCAUUAGCCCACACGGAGGGGGAAAAGGAUAGCCCCGGCGAGUAUUGUCUUGGGCUAAAGCAGCUGGCCCUUCACAAGGACCCUCCCGAAGGUUCUAAGGAACCACACCAGGGCAGGCUGUCUGUGUUACUCGGCCAUCUGGGAGACAGAUGUUGGAGCCGGCUGCCUCUGCGCUAUUGGCACUGCGCAUUUUAUCUGUUGCUACUGCUGGCGGCCUUCUGGGCUGCAUCGGUGGUGUGGGACGACUCGCAAGAGGGGCUGCAGGCCCUCCAAGGCGGAGGUGGGAUGCUCCUUCCUUCCACGCAAGCCUGGCUGGGAGGGGGCCUUCCACCUUUGUUGCUUAACUCCGACUCGCCACAGCAUGUGAAAAUCGCCGCUACAGCGGUGGCCCGAGGUCGGGAGGCAUCGGACCAUCUUCUUUGGCUGUUGCACACUGCACCGCAGCAGCAUUUCGGGAAGAUGCUGCUGUGGCUGCGCGCCCUUACCUUCGGGCUAAACAGUUUUCUUCUUCAGCCCUUUCUGGCCAUAUUAAGGCACACCGGCUUCAUCGCUAGCGUCAACGGCACGUGCAGCCUUUCUGAUGCCCCUGAGGCGUCACCCGACACCGAGAGCCCCCACGAAGGAUGGCUUCUGUGGCUCCAAGUUGCUAUUCAGAAUGCAGUGCGCAGUCUUCCAAGCACCGCGCACACUUUCUUGUGUGGCGGUGGUGCACGUGGAGGCCUAAGUACAGAGGAGGAGGCGACUGUGUGGUCUAAGAGUGCCCUUGAGGCUCCGCUGGACUUUGGAGUGGAGGGCAGCGUCGUGGAGAUGGGGCCCUACUGCGUGGCGCUGCUGCUGCUUCUAGUCUAUGCACUAUCUACGACUCUGCACAGGGUUUGUCUUGCGGGGUUCGCGGCGUUACGAAGCCUCCUGUUGGUCUGGGGGAUCGACCAGGCCAGCUCCUCGACUAGACCCUGGGACGAGUGUUUGGCUGUUGCCUGCAGGAGUUCACUAACUGCCUUUGCAGUUGCCUUUGUGCUGCUUGCACUACUGUGGAGCGCAGCAGCAGCGACCGCCAAAGGCGGUGCCUUGGUGGGAUGGGUCUGGAGGCGGAUGUUUGGUAGAAAAGCCAUUGAGCCUGCCAGGAACAGCCACCACAGGGCUGGGGAUUACAGCAGCAAUAGCCGCAACACUAGAGUGCACACGGGAAGCCAUCGAGGGGCUGGAGGGCUGGAGGUUUUAGCUGCGUGUGUGACGUGCUGGGUGCUGCUGCUCUCGGACCGCGAAUUUGUCAUGUUCACUUGGGCCACGAUGCAGCCGCUGCGGCUUUCGUUGCUCUCAACUGUGCUGCUACUGCGACUGCCUUCUUCGCAAGUGGCUGCUUUGCUGACUUGGCCUCCGCCUUUGCGAGAGCCAGCGCUGGUGCUGCAGCGGUCGCAGCCCCUCAAAAUAAUUGAUCCUGUCGCUGUGGGAUCGAUGCUGGGGUGCAUCCUGGCAGCUGCCGCGCUGCGUCUUGUGCUGCUACUUCUGGCCAAGGUGGGCGGCCUUUUCAGGAAUCCUUUCGCGUCGUCGUGCACGGCGCAACCCGUUGGCGGCCUGAGGCUGCUUGGCGUCUCACGGGGGCAGUGGGGGGUGCGUAACAGCCCUUCGGGUGGCGACUCGCCUACUCCCAACAGCUUGUUGCAGAAGAUGCAGGAACAGAACCGCGUCAUAGCGGAGCUACAAGUGUCGCUUAAGAAUGAACGCUGCAGGGCGACACUGGCGGAGGAGCGCAUUGCGAAGUUGGAGGAAGAGGCCCGCGCACAGAUAGCCAAGGCUCCUCCAGAGGGUCACGCAAACAACCACGCACACACACGACCAGACAAACCGCAGGCAGAUGCCUCGCCUGCAUUUGCAGUGGCCGAGAAGAUUAGCAGGGGGAAGGUACGGCAAAAUCAGCAACAGGACCACGGCGAACAGCAGCAUGAGCAGCAAGAGCACCCGAAGCAGCACCAGAGCCAGGAGCAGCAGCCGCAGCAGCAGCAGCAACAGGAGAGCGGCUCUCCUGCGGAAGGUGAACAGCAGCAAGCAUCUGAAGCAGCGCAGCAGCAGACGCGUCUUUACGUUGAGGAGCUGCGCGAGGCCCGGGUACAGCUGGAAGUGCUGCAGAGCCAACUUCGCGGUGCCCAGAACCAAUUAAGCGAGCUGCAACGGAAGCGUGACAGGGAGGCCUCGGCCUACGAACGGCGGCAGGAGCAGCUGGAGGCAGAGGCUGCGCAGUGGAGAGAAAAGGAGGGAGAGGCGCGUGCCGAGCGUGAGCUGCUCAAGGCGGACCUUGCGGAGGCGGCCCGGAAACUUGAGGGUUUGAGACAGGCGCAAUGGGAGCAGCAGCGGCAAGCCGGCUCUGCUCAGGCGGAAGAUAAAGCACAAAUCCAGCGCAUGACGCAGCUGCUCCAGAAGCAGACGGAAGAUUUGGCGAAGAAGACAGCGGAAAUAAAUGAACUCCGUGGAAAGUUGACCCAGGUGGCCUCCAGCUACGCACGGAGGCCCACCCGCCUCGUUGACUCUCAGUCGCAGACACCUCUCGUGCAGCGCGAAGGCCUUCUAGGGCUGACAGAGGGCCCCGCGCCUACUGAAGUGGUGGAGCAGGUCUUGAUGGAGCUCAAUGGCAUUACGCACAGGAUCAAACAAAACGUUGAAAACGACACUAAGACGGUCAACUUCCACAAAACCCACUUCAGCAGCCUUGCGAAACUCUCCUAUGCCUCAGGUGCUGCCGCUUCAGCAAACAUAUCAGAAGAUAGCGAGCCUCCGCCAAACCCAAGCUCAAGGGACACGGCCUUAUCUGGAGAUGAUCCUCCCCUGCUAGAAGACCCGACCUCUCUAGACCCGUCGCACCGAAAGAGUCCCGGGGCAUUCCGGCGACCGGCACGCAAGGAAGCACUUCCAAAGGAGGAGUUGCGGAAGCUUGGGGAGGCGUUACAAACCAUCAGCAAGUGCAUCUUUCCUCUCCGCACGGUGCUGGAGCACCUCGAGCUGCCCCAAGCGACUCUAGACGCCGCGCGGCGACUGCUGGGGACCACUAUGCAUUACACUGGAGACAGCAUGCGAUUGCAGGAGACUCUAGCGCGACCCAGCAAGUGCACUUGGAAGGGGGAUGUGGAGGCGUUGGUCACUAUCUUGACAGUGCUUGGCCGGGCCUGGCCCUCCGAGGAGUCGUGCAGACGUCUUUCGCAGCGCGAAGGGGAUGUCCACACACUUGUGGUGUACCCAUGCUGUUAUCUUGGGGCUUUAUCGCAGUUCCUCCCACUUGCAGAUCUGCCUCAAGGGCGGCAGCGCGUGACAAUGGUGCAGUUCGUGUUGGGCCUCGACGCGCAGUGGCAGGCAGCCCGCCGCCGGCUGGAUCGUCUGGAGGCAGCUUUGCGGCUGUUGCGGCAGUCUCCGGUGCUGCGUGCAUUGUGUGUCACUUGCGCUGCCCUCCAUGAAGAAAUGAACGGAGCGUUCACUUCUGAGGGCUUAGAGAAUACAGAAGUCAUGGAGAAGGCGACAGGGAAUGCCCCAGCAACGACAGCCUCAACGCAGAGGUGCAAACAAAUAUGGGGAACGAAUGAAAGCUGCGAGGCUGCCGUUGAUCAGUUCAAAGUCUGGAAAGACAACUGCGAGUUCAACUUCGCGUGCCUGCAGAAUGCCGCCAACAUCCAUCCCCCAGGCCUUCCGGGGCUCUCUUUGCUGCAUCUCGUUCUCUGUCGAGCCGCGGCCGCAGCUGGCGAGAGAGGCGCCAACCCCAGCAUUAAUGCCAGCGAAGCGGAGUGGGAGAACGCGUUUCCGCAGAGGUUGAAGACAGAAAUAUACGGCGGCGCUUCAGCUUCUUUCUCCUCUUCUUUAAACGAUACAAAGACCAGUUCUAGCUCGCCCCCCUCAUGCCCCUCUACGGCAGCACCACCGACGCAGAGGUGCGACUGUCCCGUUUGCCUGGAUGCGGACGUUGCCAUGCACGGACCUACGCGAGAGUGGCGGAGGCAGCUUCUGAUGAUGAAGGAACAGCAGAUAUUCAAAACCCCAUCCAGGAAGACAUUUAGCCCCUCAGCUGAAGCACCUCACUUGCAGUCACUUACGGCAGCAGCAUCAGCAAAAGAACAGGUUCUUUGCCACCUGGCGCCAUCUGGCUUCCACUUACCAACAGCAACCACAGGACCUGACCAAGUCGCCGUAGCUGCCGCUAAACCCAAGUCCAAAGUUUAUGUUCACCCUAAAGCCUUAGUCCCCUCUUAUUUAAAUCACUACCGCUAUUACAUAUACCUUCAGUCGCUGCCGCAGAAUCGCCUGGCUCGUUCUGGUGUGCGUGGCGCUGGAAAUUCGCAGGAUACGCGCUCAGCGUCCGAAGGCCUCGAAGCUGCGAUUGCCAUGGUUUCACUGUACUACGACGACUUGACUGGGCGGCAGAACACGUUGGCGGACAUGGGCCGACAAUUACAGCAGGAGGUGUCCGUGGCGAACCGUUGUUGCAGGGGGUUGUUGCAGGGAGGCGGAAUGCUGGGUUCGGGUUCUGUGGCUUCGCAAGCCUUCAAUCCCGCUUCUUCUGCUUCCCCCGAAAUGGAAGAUGGGGGACGUAAUGCUCCCAUUCGAAGGGUACAGGCGCCUCCUGCAGCUGAAGCUGCCAGCGUGCCGGGUCAUGUGCCCACAGAGACCGAACGAGGGCUGGAGAUGGCUUGCCAGAUACUCAAGAACGUCCACGCUGCAGUGCCGCUUCUCACAGACGCCUGGAAUGACCUCACUCUGCGCAAAGGAGACGCCUAUGUGUUGCGGACUGGGCUGUUAGACAUGUGGCCCAUGAAACAAGGGCUUGCUGAUAGAAUUAGAAGCAGCGCAGCCGGCGCCUUCUCUAGAUCGCCGCAACUGUUGUUGCAGGCCGAGGUCUCCCCGUUGCGAGCGAUGGUAGCCAAGGCGUCGUCUGCUGCCGCAGCAGCGGGGGCAGCAGUGAAGGCACAAGAAAUAGUGCGCCGCGUGGAUGUGCCUGAGAGCGCGGCGGCGCCACAGAGGAGCGUGAGGCAAGACGGAGCUAGCCGACUUGCUGGAUCAGUUGCAGGGAGGCACCUGCACCUUGAGGCCACGGAUAGGAGCAGCCGCGGCAGCGACAGGGCUAUUCCGUGCCCGACAUUGUUAACAAGCCAAAUGGCUUCAGCGCACCUCGCGAAAAGCAACCGUCCACGACAACCAAGCACAACUGUCGUUGGCAAGCCAGCUAGACCUAUUGGCGCUGGGAGCAGCUACAGCACAAGCGACUCCCUGGCUCAGGGGAGGAGGGCUCCCGCUCACUUGCGCAAUUGGAGUGGGGGAUCCGCGGCAGCCCAGCCGAAACAGCUGCACGGACGAGCUGGCCGUUUUAAUACGCAACCUGUAGAAGACCCAGCCUCGCAGCAGGCGAGGACCGCCGGGAAACAACAGUCAAGUGAACCUGUAAUUAUGCCUCAGCCGCAGCAGUGGGCACUAAUAAGUGGCCAGCAACGCAGAGCCAGUGGGCCGAGAGGUGCCUUAAACAGCAAGGCGUUCGAACGUAUCAUCCCACAGCAAAAGCAAGAGGCAGCCGAUGCCGCAUCGACAACUUCUGGGAUCUCAGGAAAUGCUAACAGGGUUCAGAGAUCGCCGCAACGUGAACCUGCAGCAGUUGUACCAUUGGUAGCCUCUGUGGCACAGAGUGACAAUGGGGACCAGCGAUCCCCCUCUCUGUGUUUGCUAGAAUGUACGGAAAACCAUUUCGAGCCUGAUGGACCGGGAGAGAGUGCCAUAAGCCGUGGCCCUGCCGAAGGCCAGUCGGCCCAACAACCGCAGCGCCUGGCCUCCCCUCCUGCAGCUGCUGCAUCGACCUCAGUCGAGCAAAAGUGA